UGUGCGCGCGCAGGAGCGGGCUGCGCCGCCGGUGCCACCGGCGCCCCCUCCCCCGCCCUUCCCCUCCCCCCCGGCGCCGCGCUCGCCCCGGUCCCUUUUCCCCCCCCCGCCCCGGCCCCGUUUCCCCCGCAGCCGGGCGGGGGAGGAGGAUGGAAACACCCUUCUACCAUGAUGAUGUGUUGAGCGGCCUCGGCAGCGGCUUCGCCCCGUCCUCCGGCAGCAGCGGGCUCCUCCUGCCCUUCCCCGGCGGCAGCAUGAUGAAGAAGGAUGCGCUCGGCAUGGCCUUACCGGAGCAGGUGGCGGCGGCGUUGAAAGCCCCGAGCGGUGAAGCGGCGGGAUUGCUGGGUUCGGCCGAGCUGGGGCUGCUGAAGUUGGCUUCCCCGGAGCUGGAGCGGCUCAUCAUCCAGUCCAACGGGCUGGUCACCACCACCCCCACCAGCGGCCAGUUCCUCUAUCCCAAAGCGGCGGCUUCCGAGGAGCAGGAAUUCGCCGAGGGUUUCGUGAAAGCGCUGGAGGACUUGCACAAGCAGAACCAGCUGGGCGGCGGCGCGGCGGGGAGCGGCGGCGCGGGAGGCGGCGGUGCGGGAGGCGGCGGCGGAGGGGGCGGCAGCGCGGGCGAGCUGCCCGCCGCCGGCCUGGCCCCGGAGCCGCCGGUCUACGCCAACCUCAGCAGCUACCCGGCCGUCAGCUACGCCGCCGACCCCGGCCCCUUCGCCGCGCCGCCUCCUCGGCUCCCGCCGCCGCCGCCUCCUCCGCCUUUAAAAGACGAACCUCAGAUCGUCCCGGAGGUUCCGAGCUUCGGGGAGAGCCCCCCGCUUUCCCCCAUCGACAUGGACACGCAGGAGCGUAUCAAGGCGGAACGAAAGCGGCUGAGGAACCGUAUCGCCGCUUCCAAAUGCCGCAAGAGGAAGCUGGAGCGGAUCUCCCGCCUGGAGGAGAAGGUGAAGAGCCUCAAGAGCCAGAACACGGAGCUGGCCUCCACCGCCAGCCUGCUCCGGGAGCAGGUCGCCCAGCUCAAGCAGAAGGUUCUCAGCCACGUCAACAGCGGCUGCCAGCUCCUGCCCCAGCACCAGCACCAGGUGCCGGCUUACUGACCCCCCCGGCCCGGGAGUGGGGGGCUCCCCUCAACCUUCCCACCCUCCCCUCAAAUGGGGGGCCCGGCUACGGACUGAUGGGCCCCCCCCCCCGCCGGGACUGAUGGUGUGAGGGGAAUGUGGGGGUGGGGGGAGAAAGAACGGGGACGUUUUUCCGCCCCGCCAACGGACUCUUGGAGGGGGGGGGGGAGCACGGGCCGCCCCCCCCCACCCCCCCUCCCCACCCCUCACCCCCCCCCGAUGUCGCGCCCGAGACAUUCCAGUUCAGGCCCCCAGUAAAACCCCCCUCCUUUCGCCAUGGAGAA